UUGCGUAAAUAAUUCCGAAUGAACUGGCAGUUUUUGUUUGAAUUUACAUAAUUAUUGAUUCAGGUAUCGCAGUUGGUAAUGUGAACAUUAACUAUUAGCAGGAAAUAAGUUAGUUAAACCUCAAGUUUACGCUAUAAUUGCAAACAGUGGAGGCAUUAAGUAGAUCGCAGCGUAGGGAUACAACAAAGGUGACAUCGACAUCGCCUGACCUCGUCCUUUUCAAAGUGCUGAGUCCCUUCUUAUGCCAGAUUUGCCGAUGAUUUUGUUUUCGUAAUCUUAGGAUAAUAUUUAGCGCAGUAAAAUAAUAGAAAAAUAGCCGCCACUACUACGCUGGUGCAAGCUGAGAUUUUCCCUCCUGCUGAUACUUCGAUCUCCGCUGGUUCAGCCUCAUUCAGCUGCCGUAAAAAGUCGUGCCUGAGUUUUUCAAGGCAAUGUCGAAGUUUUUGCAGUCCAACACAUCUUUCGAAGAAAAAUGGCCUCAAAUGCGACCGAUCGUAUUGAAACUGCUGAAGCAGGAACCGGUCACACAUUCCGAGUGGCAGGAUCUCUUUUAUGCCAUCCAUUUGGUGUGUCUGUGGGAUGAUAAAGGACCCAGCAAAAUCCACGACUGCCUGCAGGAGGACAUUGUCAUGUUCAUCAAGCAGGCGCAAAGCCGUGUGCUGGCGCAGCGCGAAGAGCAAGCUCUGCUCAAGGCCUACAUCGUAGAGUGGCGAAAAUUUUUCACCCAAAGCGGUUACCUGCCGCUUCCGUUUUGGCAGCUGGAGAAUGCCUUCCAGGGUAAAAGUCAAGCAUCGAGCCACAACUCCAGUAGCAGCUCAUCGAAAAAAUCCAACCAUUCCGAUGAUAGUAUCGUACGAAAGUUGAUGCUAGACUCCUGGAAUCAGAGCAUCUUUAUUAAUAUUAAACACCGACUGCAAGAUUCUGCUAUGAAGCUAGUGCAUGCUGAGCGAAACGGGGAAGCAUUUGAUUCGCAGCUGGUGAUUGGAGUGCGGGAAAGUUACGUGAAUCUCUGCUCGAACACGGAGGAUAAGCUGGAAAUUUACCGUGAAAAUUUCGAAGCUGCCUACCUGCAAGCGACUUCAGCUUUUUAUCGACUUAAAGCAAGCGAACAUCUACAAGCUGAUGGAGUUAAAAGUUUCAUGGAGUACGCCGAUAUGAAGUUAAGGGAAGAGGAAGCGCGAGCGGAGCGAUAUCUCGAGCCGGGAAGUAUCACAGCGCUAGCUCAAUGCUGUGUUACGGUGCUAAUUGAAGAUCAUCUGCCCACUUUGUUAGCGGAAUGCGCUCCUUUGAUUGAAGGUCGAGAAACCGAACGACUUCAAUUGAUGUUUCGGCUGCUGGAUCGCGUUGCCGGUGGUGUUGAUCCUAUGUUAAGAGAUCUGGAAAAUCACAUUGUUCAGGCCGGUUUAGCCGAUAUGGUUGCCGCUGCCGAUGUCAUCACGCAAGACUCGGAAAAAUAUGUCGAACGACUGUUGGAACUCUUCCGUCGCUUUAGCAAUCUCGUCAAGGAAGCUUUUAAUGAUGAUCCACGUUUUUUGACGGCGCGAGACAAGGCCUUCAAGACGGUGGUUAACGACAUUACCGUGUUCAAGCUGGAGCUUCCCACCUCCGCAACGGCGAUGGCUCGUGGUAUUAAGUCGGCUACACCCGAGUCCAAGUGUCCGGAGCUGUUGGCAAACUACUGCGACAUGCUGCUGAGGCGGACUCCGUUCAGUAAGCGGUUAACGUCGGAUGAAAUCGAAUCUCGUCUUCGCGAUGUUUUACUGGUGCUCAAGUACGUAAGCAAUAAGGAUGUUUUUAUGCGCUAUCAUAAGGCGCAUCUCACGAGGAGAUUGAUCUUGGACUCCAGUGCCGAUAGCGAAAAAGAAGAAGAUAUGGUCGAAUGGCUCCGAGAAGUCGGGAUGCCAGCCGAUUACGUAAACAAAUUAGCUCGAAUGUUCCAGGAUAUUAAGGUUAGUGAAGAUCUGAAUACUCAAUUCCGAGCCCAGACCACUCGUCACGAUGCAAUCAACAUCAAGAUCUUGAAUGCGGGUGCUUGGGCUCGCGGUUCGGAGCGUGUUUCUGUGAGCUUACCGCUCGAACUGGAAGACUAUAUUCCCGAGGUAGAAGAUUUCUACAAAAAGAAACAUUCCGGCAGAAAGUUGCUCUGGUACCAUCACAUGAGCAACGGGACGAUAACCUUCGCCAACAAUUCGGGCCGGUUCGAUUUGGACGUUACCACAUUCCAGAUGGCCGUGCUAUUCGCCUGGAAUCAGCGCCCCAACGAGAGGGUAUCGUACGAGAAUCUGCGUCUUGCAACCGAACUGCCGGAUCCGGAGCUGCGACGAACUUUGUGGUCGCUGGUGGCAUUCCCUAAGCUAAAGCGGCAGUUGCUGCUGUACGAUCCGAUGGUAGGAAAUCCGAAAGACUUCGCUGAAAAUACCCUUUUCUGGAUCAAUCAGGAGUUUGCGCUCAUUAAAAAUGGUAAACCCCAGCGACGUGGCAAAGUCAAUCUGGUGGGACGGUUACAGUUAAGCACCGAACGAUCCCAACAGGAGGACAAUCAAUCGAUUGUUCAACUGCGAAUAUUGCGCACUCAGGAGGCCAUCAUCAAAAUAAUGAAGAUGCGAAAACGAUUGAGCAAUGCGGCGUUGCAGGCCGAAUUAGUUGACAUUCUCAAAAACAUGUUCCUACCAUCGAAGAAAAUGAUUAAGGAACAGUUGGAGUGGCUCAUAGAACAUAAAUAUAUGCGACGGGACGAUGACGAUAUUAAUACAUUCAUUUACAUGGCAUAACCUGGAGGUAACUUGUUCAGCCAUAAGGGCAUCUUUUCAACGGGUGCGGUUCGUCUGCGACACAUUGCAAGUUGUGUAUUUUAGCUUUCCGGGUUGUACGCGCGAUGCUGCUCACAAUGAGCAAACACCACCAGCGUAAACUUUCCGGGCUAAAGUGGUAAUUAAGAACAAUUGAAUUGAUUGGUACUUGUGGUUUACUUGUUAAUAACUGUAAAAACCCAAAAUAAUUGGAAUUAUUAAGUAUGUGAUGGAAACGUAAAAUAAACAACAUUGUUUUAAUGACAAAUCAACAAAAUUGAAGAUUUAUUUCAUAGAUAAA